UUGCAGUUAUGGAUCGAGGAGACUGAAAACAUCUGGAAAAAAUUGGGGAAUCCCACUGACGUUCUGAAUGAAACUUUGCCAAACCCUCUCCCUUUCCACCGGCAGCGACAAGCCAACCACUCAGCGACGGUUCGCAGGCCCUUCCCUCUGUCUCAUGGAACAACAACCUUGGGGUUCAUCUUCCAAGGUGGGGUCAUUGCAGCUGCAGACACAUGGGCCAGUGCUGGGGGACUUGUCGCCUGUCCAGCCGUUCACAAGAUCACCCCGAUUCACUCCCACUUAGUGGUCACCUCCUCUGGGAGCGCAUCGGACUGCAUGCAGUGGGAGCGAAUUUUGGCCAGAGAGAUCCGACUGUACCGCCUUUCCAUAUUCGGCACUGUCAAGCUCCUCUCUUUCCUGCUGCACCCCUUUAAAGGGACUGAAUUGUGUGUGGCUCUCACACUGUGUGGCUGGGAUAAGGAGGCAGGUAACGCCGACUGUGCGAUGAGGUCAGAGGACCCAUACUUGAUUAUGAAUGAUGGCUCCUCGGCUGUUGUCAGUAGCCAAGAUGUCCUUGCAACAGCCCAUUCUGCAUCCCAGAACAGUGGCCCAAAGCUAUAUGUGUGCAGUGAUGGCGCCCGACUGCAGGGGAACGUCUUUACCGCGGACUCAGGCUCUCCUUAUGCUUACGGAGUCCUGAAUGGAGGACUGAGGUGGGGAAUUAGCAAAGAAGAGGCCUUCUCCUUGGCACGAGAAGCUGUGUUCAGAGCCACUCACAGGGACGCCUACUCGGGAAACAGCGUGGACCACUUCUACAUCACAGCCCAGGGGUGGAGCCAAAGAACGAGAGAAGACCUGAGAGAGUAAUUUUACAGAAACAUGAAGAGGAGGGAGAAGAUAGCAGAGGAAAAUAAAAGAGUGACCACAUAA